AUUGAAGUCGUGAGUGCAUGGGCUUACGAGCAACGACCCCAUUGUGUGUGUUAUCUUUUUUAACAUUCGUUUGUAAUACUGAAGCCUCACCAAAACAUCAGCGAUGCAUAACUUUCAGCCCACAGGAAUGCUCUUCCUUGUGGUGACAUCUCUUCAUUUCGUACUUGCCUCGCCUGGCAAAUGGUCAUGGGGACCCCUUCAUACUACAAGUUUGCCAAACACUUUCCCUGACUCCAGGCUCCCCCAUGCUCCUCCUACAAUCCCCGAAGAAGAAGAGGAGAAAGGUCUGAACCAAGAAACGGAGACAAAUUCCAAGUUACGAAGUCUUUGCUCUGCCGGGAAUGGCUUAGAUUGCCCUUCGGGCAUUUCAAAGGGAGUUUUCAGUACGGGAAGUGACAUUUCCUCCAAUGGCCCGCCCAUCGCUUUAGUGCAGCAUCACCACUUUCACACCCACACUGACAAAGGUGCCAUGGAUGCCAGAUCUGUACGGCAGUCCAGUCAAUUUCCCGCGCAGGUGGAGGCAUCUUUCCCCCACCCCAUCUUGUUUGGAGGUCAGGCUGAUUUUUCAUCUCAGUCACAAAAUCCUUUGUCAGCUUUCGCAGAAAAUCCUUCGUUAGGCACAGGGCAACGGCUGCCUCAAUUAAGUCCUUCAGGACAACCUUUUUCUCCUGGAAGUCAGCUGUUAGGACAAAAUCCAACAUCCUUCAUAGGAAAUCCUCAGCAGCCGUUCUCAGAACAUCCCCAGCCACCGUCUAGUCAUCCCGCGUCAUUACCGAUGAGCUUUCCACAAACAUUUCCCGCUGAGCAACGGCCGCUGCCUCUAGGAGGUCAGUUCCCAUCACCGAUUGGGCAGCAGUUAUUGCCUCCGAAUCCACUGCAUGUGCCUGAUGCAAACCUCGCAUCGUUACCCGAGAACCAGCAUCCCUUGCUAUCACCAGAUAUACCCCCUUAUCGAGAACAGUGCCAGUGUAUCCAUCCUACUCUGUGUGGCCCUGCUGACGUUGUGCCACGGUUGUUGCCUACAGACCCUCUUACCCACCUGCUGAUCGACCCUCGUACGCUGGGGACUGAUGUAUUAUCGAAUGCCACAGACUUGGAUGCUAACGAGAAACCCUUUGCAGAUGACUCAAGAGCAAAUAAUACUGGCAGUGGCGAAAGUCGUUUGAGAAGAAGCACCUUCAAUGAUACUGAAGCAAAGACUAGGAACGUGCAAAACCAUCUAUUAGAGGCCUACCACCCAGGAGCUUUUGGAUGCCAAGAAAGUCACGUUUGUUGCCGAGUGCUUUUCUCAGAAACAUUACAGAACCAGUUUGGUUGUGGCAUUCGCAAUUCGCAAGGGCUCUUGGGCAGGUCAAAGUCUCCCAAACUGGCUAAAGGAGACUCCGAGUUCGGAGAGCAUCCUUGGCAGGCUGCCAUUCUGAUGGAUGCCCACGGAGAGUCUGUCUACGUCUGUGGUGCAGUCCUUAUAACCAACAGACACGCUCUCACGGCUGCCCAUUGCGUGAACAGUUUGCAAUCCUCCGUGCUGAAAGUUCGGCUUGGUGAGUGGGACGUGUCAGGUGAAAUCGAAUUUUUGGAGCAUCUCGACGUCCCAGUGGCUGAGGUUCGGUCUCACCCUCAGUAUUAUGCUGGAAAUCUGAACAAUGACAUUUCUCUACUUACACUGCAGCAUCUAGUGGAUUUCAGUAGCAACCCCCACAUAUCUCCCGUAUGCCUACCGGAAUCAUCAGAGAUCUUCAUUGGCCAACGCUGUUACUCAACUGGCUGGGGAAAAGACUCCUUCGGUAAUGGAGGCCAGUAUCAGCAAAUCUUGAAGGAGGUCGAGGUGCCCAUUGUCAGCCACGAGCUAUGUCAAGAAGCUCUCAAGGGCACCAGGCUUGGUCCUGGCUUUUCACUUCAUGAAGGAAUGAUGUGCGCUGGAGGAGAGGCCAAAAGGGACUCCUGUACAGGUGAUGGAGGCGGGCCCCUUGUGUGCCACAGCCCAGAUGGCAUUGCUCAUCUUGCGGGCUUGGUAUCCUGGGGCAUCGGCUGUGGUCAGCUGGGAAUACCUGGCGUUUAUGUCAACGUUCCCUAUUAUAUGAACUGGAUUCUGACUUACCUUAAAACUUAGUGGUACCUUAAAACUUAGUGAUUACCUCUGUAUGCAUUAUUUGUAUUUAUUUUAUUUCGUCAAGCUCUUCGUUGUACGAGCGGAUUCGCGCUCGGCUACCAAUCCGGUGGUCCGAAGUUCGAUGAUAGAAAUUCAUUUCUCGAUAUAAUGUGGUUCGGAUCCCACAAUAAGCUUUAGGUCCCGAUGCUUGGUAACCAAUUGGUUUCUAGCCACAUAAAAAUAUCUAAUCCUUCGUGCCAACUCCGGCUGUUAAUCAGUUCAGUGGUCUGGUAAAACUAAGAUAUACUUAACUUAAUAUUAUUUCGUCAUUAUUUGUUAGUGAUUAUUGUUGGUAAUAUUUGUUUUUUUUAAUCGCUGCUAAUAAGUGACAUUGAAAUUUGCACUGCUGACGAUAGUUCAUUCCGUUGUAUAACUCUCUCUCUCUCUCUCUCUCUCUCUCUGUCAUGUAAGAAUUAUAGCCCUAAGAACUCCUAUACCGUGAAUGAAUUCAAGGCUCUCUCCACAUUAGUCAUUGGGUUCAUGUCAUAAAACAUUUGUCUUUAAAUACAAAGAAAAAUAAAACACAGUUAUAGA